GAAACAGGUGGCCGGGUGGGGUUCUGAAAAUGGGAUUUUGGAACAACAUUGGCGAUCGAGCUAAACGUAUCAGAAAUGAUCUAUGGACACGUGUCCCGGAUGCUGUUAAAAAGAUGGAUCAAGUGAUCAGGGUGGAAGCUGUUGAGAAGCUUCAGCAGCACUGGCCUGAUGAUGAAACUAGAGCCCAGAUUGGACGUUUCACCACCACCUUUAUUAAAAACUCUGCUAGAUACGUGGUCUAUGAAGGUUUCAAACACAUUGCUGGUGCAAGCGUGGUUUCUAAAUUGGUUUCAGACACAAUGCGUGAAGUGAAUCGAGAGAAUUAUAAAGUUGGAAUAGAAAAAGCGACGGAUAUAGUAGAGAGAGACAUGAGGAAAUCAACAUCACAACCUGAUAAUUUCAGCCAAAAUGGGAACUUAUUAAGCGCUCAAAAUGCCGGUGGAGAUGGAGAGGCGGGUAUACUAGACAAAGACUCGGGGAAAUCAACAUUGCAACCUGAUAAAAAUGGGAACUUAGGUUCUCAAAAUGCAGGUGGAGGCGGAAUUGAGAAAACCAAAGAUAAGAUUAAUGUGUUGAUGAAAGCAAAGUUGUGAUAUAAUAAUUAUAACGAAAAUUACAAAUUCACUGACAAUCGAUUGUGUAUGUUGACUAUAUAUAUAUAUAUACUAAACAAACUAAUUUUAAUAUCU